AUGCUACUCCAUAUUGUCUUAUUAGAUGCCAUACCAGAAAUGAAGAAGUCAUCUUCUACAAUAUCUACAGCCAUUCUGUCCUCUCUUCUCUUCUUUCUCGCCUUACCAUCUCUUUAUCUCGCUGCCAGGGCUGAGCCAUGUAAUGCAGAAGACCAGAAAACCCUACUAGAAAUCAAAGCAGCCUUAAACAAUCCAGAUGAAUUGGCCUCAUGGAAUCCAGAUACAGACUGUUGCAGAUGGCAUGCUUUGGCCUGUGACCAGAAUACUGGCCGAAUAAUUGCUCUUGGCAUCUUCCACGGCAACAUCUCCGGCCACAUUCCGCCUGCUGUCGGCAGCCUCCCUUCACUCCAAGUAUUAGUCUUAAGAAAAAUCCCAGAUCUUAGAGGAGAAAUCCCAUCAACCAUUAGCAAGCUCAAUAAUCUCAGUUUCCUCAGGAUCAGCUACACCAAUCUCUCAGGGCCUGUUCCUUCCUUUCUUAGCCAGCUCAAGAACCUUGGCGUCUUGGACUUGUCACACAAUAAUCUCAAAGGUUCAAUCCCUCCUUCACUCUCUCAGCUCCCUAGACUCUUCAGCCUUCACUUAGAAUACAACAAACUCACUGGAAGCAUCCCUGAUUCCUUUGGGAGGUUCGCGGGAACAUUUACCGAUCUUUUUCUCUCUCACAAUUUGCUCACCGGUCCAGUUCCUAAGUCCUUUGGUAACCUUGAAUUCCGAUUUCGGAUUGACUUGUCAAGAAACAUGCUUGAAGGUGAUGCAUCAUUCUUGUUUGGCAAGGAUAAGUCUAUAAUGUCUCUUGACUUGUCGAGGAACUUAUUUGCGUUUAAUCUUUCAAAGAUCGAGUUUCCAGACAGCUUGGUGAAUUUGGACUUGAGCCAUAAUAACAUAUUUGGAAGACUUCCAGAGGGAUUGGCCGAAUUGAAUUUAGGGGGCUUGAAUGUUAGUUACAACAGCCUUUGUGGUCAGAUUCCUAGAGGUGGAAAGCUGCAGAGUUUUGGUUACUUGACCUAUUUCAACAAUAGAUGUUUAUGUGGUGCUCCUUUGCCUGCCUGCAAUUGA